UUCAUUCUUAACGUAGUUCUCCCUUCGCGAACGUGACCUUGAGCCACCGUGCCGAUGCGUGCCGAGCCAUUCUACCGGCGUGUCACGCUCCGAGACGGUGUAAUCAGCAUCAGGACGGUGUCUCGUGGUACGCGCACGAACGCACGGAGAUGAGCGGAGGCGCUCGGCCGGGAGCUGCACGGAGCACGUGCCAGGCGCGCAGAAGGCGCUCCAGGCGACACCAGGUGCGCUAAUCGUGGACCAAUCGCGUGGGAAGAGCAAGAUCGCGGGUGAUAUAGGACAUUGCACCCGGGAGAAGCGCGAUCGGAGAUCGCGAGUGCGCCGGGGAACAGGAAUGACGCUGCAGGCCCGCAGCGGUGCGAAUGUCGCGCGUUCCAGGACGGUUCCGAUGCUCGCAGCCCUGGCACCGCUCCUCAUCUUCGUCAGCAUCGACGGCGUCGUGCACGGCAUCACGCGUUCCACGUUUUCUCAAGAUUCGACAAACAGCGCCACGGGCCCGAUUUUCGUAGCACCAGUUGGGAAUCAGACCGCCGCGAUUGGCCGCGAGGUCGUCUUCUCUUGCAGCGUUCGCAACAUAAGCAUUCGCAAAUACAAGGUUGGCUGGCUGCGCACCUCAGACCAGACUAUUCUCUCGAUUCACACUAGGAUCGUGACGCAUAAUGCACGUAUCACGGUCACCUAUGAGAGCGGGGCAAGCUCUGGGUCCGCCAGUGCAUCCGGCGGUGCAUCGGGAGUAACCGGAAGUAGCCAAGCUACGGAGGAAAUCGUCGACGGUACGUGGCGUCUACACAUUCGCCAACUGAAGGAGACCGACAGGGAUUGUUACAUGUGCCAGAUCAACACUAGCCCGAUGAUAUCCGAACUCGGCUGUCUUGACAUACAUGUACCGCCCGAUAUUGUUUAUGGUGGUGACACUAGCGCUGAUCUGGCAGUGGCAGAGGGUGACAAUGCGACCCUGAGCUGUCGCGCGACAGGACAUCCACCUCCGAGAGUAUCCUGGCGGAGGGAGGAUGGAGAACCCAUCAUCAUAAGGGCUUCCACGGCAGGUGGUAGCACUUUCGAGAAGCACGACCACUACAACGGUUCACUGCUGCAUUUCUAUCGUGUUGAGAGGCGGCAAAUGGGGGCGUAUCUCUGCAUCGCCAGCAACGACGUGCCGCCAGCGGUUAGCAAACGGGUGACGCUCGCUGUGAAUUUCGCACCCGUCGUAAAAGCACCCAACCAGUUAUUGGGCGCUCCUCUGGGUACAGACGUGCAGCUCGAGUGCUACGUCGAAGCGUUUCCGAACACGAUCAAUUAUUGGGUAAAGAAUCAACGAGGCACGGAAGACGAAAUGUUAUUGGAAGGACCGAAAUACAACGUGCGGGAGGAACGUACGGGAUACACGGUUCUGAUGUGGCUCUUAAUCAAAAAAUUUACGGAUAGAGAUGUCGGUAGUUACAAAUGCGUUUCAACGAAUAGCCUAGGAAAAGCAGACGGAACUUUGAGAUUGUAUGAGAUUAAAAUUGGCUUUGAAAGAGGAUCUCGAGCGAAGGAUCACGUAUCUAUUAUCGGUGGUUUGGCUGAGGCUGCUCAAAGUUCCGGUGCCAGCAGUGGCGUCGGCGGUUUCUACGGAAGUAGCAGCUUGUCGCACAUCCUAUCGAUGUUUUUCUUCAUACCGAUACUGUGGCCACGGUGAAGAAGGCAUCCACUAUUGGUCACCGCUAAGCUACUUAGUGCCGGAUGACUUUGUGCCAAAAAAAGACAAGAAUGCGUGAAUGCGAAAGAUAAUGAUAUGAUAGAAUCAUAUGAUAGACGACAUAUGGAAGCAAAAGUGUGCUCAAGAGAGAAAGAAGAGAGAGAAAG